CCUAUUACAUAACGCUGCAAGCGUAGGAUGUGACUCUUGAACUUUCCGAGGGCGGGCGGGGCUGCGCGCGGCGCGGAUCGAUGCGGCCGCCCGCCCAGUAGCCCGCAGAGCGCGCCCCGAGCGCACGACUCGACAACCGGCGAUCUUCUAGUGUUGCGAUGAAGGUAGUAGUAGCGCGGUAGCGGUAUGAUAGCUGUAGGUAGCGGCGGUAGGAUCGGCCGCAACGCAGAGACCUCUUUAUAAGCACAUAUAAUGCUAAAACUACCCAAAGGCCUUAAGAAGAAGAAAAAGGGAAAAAAGUCGAAACGCAAAGACGAGGAGUUAUUUACCGAAGAGGAGCUCGAGAAGUACCGCGCGGAGCAUCAGCAACCGGCUCAGUCCGGCGAACCCUCCAAGGAGAAUGAGGAGUGGUCCAAGUUCAAGGACUUGACCACUGGUAUUGACAGUGUACUUAAGAAGACUCAGGGUGAUCUUGAUCGUAUCAAGUCCACCUCGUUCUUCCAACGCAUACCUGCGGGCGUCAAGGAGCUCCCGCCAUCUCCGCCGCCACCUCCCCCCACCCGCCAGGUGGUCACAGUCACCGCCGCCGACUUCCCGCAGCUCGCCGCCGCCGACGAACACGACAACGCGAGUGACAUCGGCGUCACCGACGACGAGUCCGAGGAGGACGACCAGGACGAUAUCUUCGAUACUUCUUAUGUCGAGGCUGUAGAAAGGGGAGAAGUCAAGCUUGCAGUCGUCCCCGACUCGCCGGACGACGCGCAGGACGACGAUCUCUUCGAUACAUCGCACCUCGACGCGCUUAUCAAGGGACAGGACCCUAAAACUUCCACUGGGAAGAAGGGACUAGAUAUUGGAAUCGCCGUAUCUGUCCUUACAGGUCGGAUAGAUAACGUCACUGUCACUACCAAGCGGUCGCAUAAGAGGGCUAUACCGGCGGACUUGUUGUUAGAAGGUGACAACAGUGACCCUUCAGCAGCUCCCCCCGUAACCCCCGUCGCGCCCAGCGAACCCGAGGAAAAGAGUAUCCUAGACAUCGAUGCGGACAUACCUAUCAAUACCCCGAUAGACCUCAGUGUUUCGCUCCAUACGUCUUUGAUUCAACAAAAUAAAGCUCAAGUAGAUCCUCUAGAGACUGAGGUUCCUGAGCCUCAACCGGUAGAAGAAGAAGACGACGAAUUUACUCAAUUAGCGGCAGAGUCCUUAGAGGUUAGCGCGGAAGUAACCAAACUUGGACAAACGGAAAUUGUUGCCGCACCUGUGAUCCAGGAGUCGUGGUCAGUUUUUGAAGCCGACAAGGUAUCUGAAGUAUUCGCAGAGGGUGUCGCGGAGGAUCAGAUUGACGUUAUCGACCCCUACCUCGACCAGGACGAUCCGUUUGACACGAGCUUUGCGGACGUUGUAGUACCUGUGAGCGCAGCUCCUAUUAAAAAGGAGGCUGUUAUUUUAGAGGAAGACGACGAUUUCGACCCUCGGGCCGAGGAAAACCGAGCGAGGUUAAAUAACCGACGGAAAUCUUCCGUGCGUAUUCAUUUGACUGACCCGUCUGGCAUCCGGGAGUCCAUCACUUCAGACGACCGAGACCUUGGGGAUAAAGAGGAAUCGAUCCCAGCGCGCGACCUACUGGGCGGCAGUACCACCGAUUUAACUGCUCUUGGUGAUUCACCUCUCGAUCCUGUGGACAUUAAUGAUGAUGAAAUAGAUCCUUUCGAUACUACUAUCGUCGAUAAAAUAGUCGCGCCCGGUAGAGUCGAAUUGAAAUUAUUGGAGCAGGAGCUGAUAGGAGCUAAGUCCGUACCGGCAGCGCCCGUGUACCGUGUACCCAGCGACCCCGACUUUGACCCGCGUGCCGAGGAGCCCGCACCUUUAUCCGAACGGCGCGCCAGUCGCCCUGAGAAUCUUACCUACAGCAAGAGCGUAGUGUUUGACGUCGAUACCACGCUUCAGCCCGACAAGCCCAAAACCGCCAAGCCUGUCACGCCGUACUACACGCGCGAGGUCUCUAUCACAGAAGACUCGGAGGACGCCGAAGCCAACGACACCGUCCCCGGGUCGUUGACGAGAACUCGCUCAGACGAGGACUUGGCGCCCAAAUUAACCUAUCAGGCGAAGAGGCGUCAUUCGGAGCUUCCUCAGUCGAGCCAGAGCAAGACUAAGCCGAGUCUGCUAGAAACCGCCCCUAUCCCCAUCCAGACUAAGGUACUGACACCGUGCAACCCUAAGCCCCAACCGCUCGUGGAGGAGGAACUCGACCCCUUCGACACUUCGUUUGCCGGUGAACUAGCCCCAACUAAAACAGAGUUAAAGUUGCUAGCAAAAGAGUUCUCCUGCGACGAAACUAACGAACCGGAGGGACCCAAGGACUUAUUGGACCCGUCAGACGAUAUAUUCCAAAUUAAAGCGCUCACACCGGAGCCCUCGAAUAUUUCUCGCCUGCCAGAGGAGGAGUUAGAUCCUUUUGACACCUCGUUUGCGGGCGACCUUCAGCCGGGAAGAACUGAACUUAAAUUGCUCGAAUCGGAGUUUCUUAAUUGAGACAGGGGGCUUUUGAAAAGAAA